GGCAGGGGAGCUGGACUUGUGUACGUUGCAGAAUUGCUGCUGACUUCUCCGCCCAGAAAGCGCUCUUCCUAGCGGCACGGCCGCUAAAGGGACAGAAAGAAUUCUCCUGCUCCACCUUAAGCCGCCAAGUGUAGGGAGGCUACGGGAGGCAACAGCGCCUCCUUAAGCGGCUGCGGGUCCCGCUCGGGCGGUGGUGGAGGCGGCGGCGCGUGCGGCUGGGGGAAGGGGAGGGAGGAGCUCGCGCUGCCCGGACCAGCCCGCGCGCCACCGCUUCCAGCAGCAGCGUCUGCCGCCGGGCUCCGGAGGGUCUAGUUCGCGCCGUGCGGGCAAGGGCUGAGGCCAAGGCGGAGCGGCGCACAGGGGCAGCGAAGCCCCGGGGGAGGCGGCAACACCAUGGCCGGGCCCCCGCCGCCGCCCCCGGGCCAGGAGGCGCCGCGCUACCAAGAGUGGAUCCUGGACACCAUCGACUCGCUGCGCUCGCGCAAGGCGCGCCCGGACCUGGAGCGCAUCUGCCGCAUGGUGCGCCGGCGACAUGGCCCGGAGCCGGAGCGCACCCGCGCCGAGCUGGAAAAGCUUAUCCAGCAGCGCGCCGUGCUCCGCGUCAGCUACAAGGGGAGCAUCUCGUACCGCAACGCUGCGCGGGUCCAGCCGCCCCGGCGAGGCGGAGCGCCUGCCGCCAGCCCGGCGGCUCCGCAGCGGCCGGCCCGCACUUCCCCGCCCAGCGCUCCCGCCGCCGCCGCCGCCACCGCGACGCCCCGGUCCUCCCAGCGUGCAGCGCCUCGCGCAGAACCAGCCGCGCCGCCGCCGCCGCCUCGUCGGACCGGACGGGAGCGACCGCCGCCUCCCCCAGCCCAGGAGGAGUCCUCCCCCGUUAGCCUGCGUGAGAUUGUGCGCUACUUGGGCGGCGACGGCCCCGCGCCGGGGGGCGGCCGGGUAACUCGAGGCCGAGCGCAGGGGCUGCUCCAAGAAGAGAGGCUGGAGAGGACCCGCUUGGGUGGCGGCGGCGCUGGCGGCAGCAGCGGCAGCAACAACGUCGCCUUGCCCAGGGCGGAGAAAGGCGCGCAGGCCCGGGCCCCCAACGCCAGGGCGUACAGGAACAAGAAAGCAGGCGAAGAGGUCAAAGGUGAAGAGGAGGAGGAGGAGGAAGAGGAAGAAGAGGAUGAAGUCUCCACUAUGUCUGAAGGUUCUGAGGUGGCACAAGAUUAUGAGGCCAGCAACUACAGUAGACCUGGGAUGGGCCAGGUGAACGGGGACUGUAAGGACAGCAAGCAUGGUGGGAAAGAGAUCCUGCCCAGCAGUGCCCUCACCAGAGACCUUGAGGAGCAGUCCUUGAACAAAGGAUCAGAGCAGCCCCACCAUGAAGGAAAUGAGCGAUGUCACACCAAGCCCUCUUGGCCUGGAGAAAGUGCCUGUCAGCAUCUGGGGGGCAACAAGAAAGAUGGCAGCACCUAUCAGCAGCCAGACAGAGCAGUGUCACCAGCUGUUGCAGGUGCUGAGCCCUCUGUGCCCUCCUCCCCUGGGAGACCUGGCAUCCAGGCAGAUGGGAGACCAUUCAGCUGCACCUCAAUGAAGGAGAAGCCUUCUGACCCAGUGGAAUGGACUGUGAAUGAUGUUGUGGAUUAUUUCACAGAAGCCGGGUUUGCUGAGCAAGCAUCUGCCUUUCAAGAACAGGAGAUCGAUGGGAAGUCUCUGCUGCUGAUGCAACGCACCGAUGUGCUGACAGGCCUGUCUAUCCGCUUGGGACCUGCCCUCAAGAUCUACGAGUAUCACAUCAAGGUGCUGCAGCAGUGCCACUUCGAGGAGGACGAGGGCGACUCCUUCAUGGGCUGAGGAGAAAAGGGCACAGCUUGUGAAGGGAUAGGGGGGUGGGACAGGGACUCUGCCAACCACUGUUGUCUCCGCCAUUUCAGCCUUCCUCUGCCUCCAUGAAAACAAGACACCAGCUACGUGGGAAUGGCAAGAGCUUUGACCAGGUUUUGUGAGAGGAGGGGGGCGGAAAUGAUGAUCCCAGCUUAGCGGCUUCUCUACCCUGAUUGCCCAGAAAUAGGAAGGACCAGGGUGGGAGGGCUGCAAAAUCUCUUCCGCCUCCCACCCUGUAUGUGCGUGUUGCCUACCCCAGCUUUUCACUCGCCAUCGUGCAAUGUCUGUCUUGGGAAAGGGUGGAGAUGUGGGCUUUUGCUCCUCUUCCCUGCCUCCAUUUAAUUGAGAUGAUGUUGUGCUUCAGCACCUUCCUCCCCCCCCCCCACAGUAGCACUUGACAGCCCUAACUGCUCCCUUCCCUCUUGCUGUGAUUGGCGAGACAAAGAUUGAGCCUGCUGGAGGUAUCAGGAGGUUUUAAUCAAAUAUCUUUUUAUUCUCUUUUCUGUUUGGGUAGGCUUUUCUUCCAAUUUUCAUGGUCGUUGCCCAGAGUCAACUGCUUUUUAUUAUUAUUUUUCUUCUUCUCAUUUUUUAAAAAUAUAAAUAUUUAAACUGAAAAACAAAAACCCAGUUGGUUUAGUAUUCCCAGACUGGUUAGCCCACUGGAAGGGGUAAUGCAACAGUUAAAACAAAUGUGUGUCUAAGAGUGGUGAAAGUCCUGAAUUCUGAUUCAGCUCUAGGGAGGGGUGUCUUCUAGUGGUAUCAGUUUUUGGAAAGGAGAGGCCUUGGAAAAGAUAGGAAUGAAAGGCAAUCUGACUGGCCCAGAGUUGGGAGUAGAACUGCCAAGUUCUGCCUCAAUUUUCAGUAUUGUAUUCAACUGGGAUAAAUGUGUAGUAACCAUUGCACAGUCACCAAAAAAAAGUCUAGAAUGAGACACAGGAUUUGGAGGAGGGUUAUUUAUGGCAGCUUUGGGGAUUGAAAAGUGUGAAAGAGAACUGCUCAGGAUCCCUGUCCGUGCGUGCGUGUGUGUGUGUGUGUGUGAGUGGGAGAGAAUAAGUAAAAGUGGUGGGUUUAUUACCCUAGGAGUGGGUUUCCUCCUGUUAAAGCAGGCUAAGUGCAUGUAGGUAGAACAUAACAGCAAGAGGAGGUUGUACACUAUCCAUUGCAAAAUUGGCUUCUUGUACACUGGCAGGAUCUGAUGAGACGAGAGAGUUAGCUAGAGUGCACUAUACACAAUUUGAGCAUUCUUGAUUGUUUUCAAGGCACUGUCCACAAAAUCUGAGUUCUCCUGAUUGGGUAGGAAGCAUCUGUUCCACAAAUAUGUUUGAAAAUUUCAUCAUCAUGGCUUCCCUUUAAAAAACAAAACACUAUAGGAACUCUAACUUUGUUGAGGUUACACAGAACAUCUUGCUGUGGGAGCUUAAACUCUUCAUAGAACUGAAAUUCCGAGGGUUCCUUCCAUAAGCCAUGAUGGAUCAGGUUUGAAACCGGUUUAAAUCUGGUGUGUAAACAUGCCCCUACUGUAGUGUUGGAGCAACACCCACUGACCCCCUCUUCAUCUGCUCCCCAGAAACAGAAUUGUAGGUAGGUAGCUAGACAUACUCAUAUGCACGCCUGGAGGAAUGCACAGCUAGACAGGAGCACACAGAAUUUAUGUUCUCAGCAUUUAAUUUGAAACCAUGAGGGCUAGAAACUUAUUGUUUGAACUUGAAAGUGGAGGUUCUCAAUGUUGUGGCACAAAAGUGCCUCGGGGCUUACAUCCUGGCUGCAUGUUGCCCCCUAUUGCACUAGACCUACUAUUUUGUCCAGAGCUGGGAAUAAAAAAACAAGGUUCUUGGGUUCUGA